GGGACGUUACUAUCCGGGAGGAGUACAACCUAACCAAGUUUAUUCACUGUGUUCUUGUUCUGUUCUGUCGUUCGUUGUAUCUGUCACUUGCACGCCGACUUCCGAAGCGGAGAUCGUGUGAUUUGUUUGGAGUAUUCUAGUACAUUUUCCACAUACUUCUUCAACAAGAUGCCGCUCCAGAUGACCAAGCCCGCCCCCCAGUUCAAGACCACCGCGGUGGUCAACGGCGAGUUCAAGGACGUCGCUUUGUCCGACUACAAAGGCAAAUAUGUAGUCCUUUUCUUCUAUCCCCUGGAUUUCACUUUCGUGUGCCCUACUGAGAUCAUCGCAUUCUCUGAGCACGCUGAUGACUUCCGUAAAAUUGGCUGCGAAGUGAUCGCCGCAUCCACCGACUCCCACUUCACACACUUGGCUUGGAUCAACACGCCACGCAAACAAGGUGGACUUGGGCCGAUGAACAUCCCCAUAAUCAGCGACAAGUCGCACCGCAUCGCGCGCGACUACGGCGUGCUGAACGAGGAGACCGGCAUCCCGUUCCGCGGCCUCUUCAUCAUCGACGACCGCCAGAACCUGCGCCAAAUCACCGUCAACGACCUGCCCGUCGGACGGUCUGUAGAGGAGACUCUUCGCCUCGUGCAAGCCUUCCAGUUCACGGACAAGCACGGCGAAGUGUGCCCGGCCAACUGGAAGCCCGGCUCCAAGACCAUCAAGCCGGACACCAAGGCUGCACAGGAGUACUUCGUCGACGCCAACUAAAAAUACAGUCUGCCGCUGCUAGUAAAAACGUUCCGAUGCCCACUCGAUACAUGUAAAAUGACAUCAAAAUCGUGAUCUUGGCGUGUGAUAAAACUGUUAUCAAAUAACGGAAUUAGAGCGUUAAGCCAUUUAGCAUUUUAACGUUUUUAUUAGUAUUUUUUUUACAUACGGUUAGUAGCGAUAACUUGCAAUUAUGAACAGUCGAGUAGCCAACUUCUAGAGCAUUCUCUGGUCUUCAUGAGCGCAGUUUUCGAUUUUGUAUGUUAUUAAAUUUUAAGUGGGGGAUAUGGUAGUUGACAGCGAUUACGUAUGUGAAUCUCUCAGCAGUGAUUCUUUUUUUUUCUGUUUUGGAAAGUCUAUACACUUUACACUGCUCGAAUACCCGAAGCAUUUUAUUGUUAUCAUUUUAUUAGUUAGCAGAAAAACCUAAACGUUGAUCCUUCACUUUUAAUAGUAGUCGCAUUUAUGUCAUUCACAAGUAAUAUGAUUAACAAGUAAAUGUACCUAUCCUAGGACAGUCUUGGUAGUGCAAAUAGCAUUGUAGUUAACACAUCAGUAUUUACAGAGAUCCUACCUAGGUAUAUGUAUAGAAUCACUCGAGGCUGUUAUAAAUAAACUGUGCUGUGCGAAAUGUAACUAUA